UCAGUUUCAUUCUUUAACUUCGCAUGUUUAAACGGAUUCUCUGAAUUGACAAAAUUUUAAUACUUUUUUUUGUUGUCUUCAGAAAAAGUUAACAAGACAGGAAAAUUAAUGAAUUCUCAUCUGUUUGUUGCCGUAAGAAAUAAAAUAUGACAGUUUUUGUACAUACAUAAGAAUUACUUAUGUUGAUCCAUCUCGACAUGCUACUAAAAGGUGCCAUCAAAGUUGAUGAUAAUACAACAUACAGCAUAUGUGUACACAUAUUAAAUUGUUGAAAAAAAAAGUCUGAUAUUUAUUUAAAGUGGAAACGAAGAAGCAAAGGCCGUAAAACUUUACAAAAAAAAAAAUAAGUGAUUAAAAAAAGUAAAAAGUUUGUGAUGCCGGUGAUAGUUUUUUGUUAAUUAAAAAAAAGAAUUAAUUAAUUUUUGAUCGUUUGAGAAAAAAAGUUGGAAUUGAUUCAUAAAAGACCCAAAAAAAAAUCAUCAGUUUAAUUGUUUAAUUAAGUAUUCAUGCUGUCAAUUAAAUGCAACUUGAUUAGAUAAAGUCCUGCCGGUUUUAUAAAUUGCAAAUCAAUCAUAUGGAUUAGAGAAGUAUGAACUCAUCUGAGACGACAACAGAAUUAUCGAAUGUGCCUGACUCGUAUCAAAUUGAAGUUAAAGCAAGCCCUAAAUUUAAUGACAUAAAUUUUAAUCUUAUUGGCAACGAUACAGCAACACAACUUAACAAUGACACUUUUACAUUUCAAGGAAACAAGAUUGUUGUACGACCUGAGGAAGCGCUCAUUGUGAUAUUCGUACUAAUAUUAUGGAUGGCAGCAAUCGGAUUGUUCUUCCAUCGCUGGGGAAAAAUAAGAAACUGUGAACCAUACACACCAAAAUUCGAGGCCGAAGACCAUCGAAACUCGUGUCAUGAUCAAACAAAUUUAAUAAGUAAGAGAAUGUCAAUGUCAAAUAAGUUAUCUACUCCUGGACCACUACUACCAUUAACCUCAAAUCCACACUCAUUUUCAAAAGGUUGUUCACCAACUUAUACACGUUCACGACAGAACUCAGUGUUCAUCUCUCCACUUCAAAUGACACCGACUCUACAGUCGUCGAGAAGAACUAAGUCCGCACUUGAUUUACAUUCAAUGAUAAGCGAGGACGAAUGCGAAAUUGUUUAGACUACCUACAUACUUUCAUUAUUUCUCUUCUUUCCUCUAUCUGUAUAAUUGUUACAACUGCGUUGUUACAGCUGCUUCUUUGCCAAUUAAAUUAACAUAAAGUUUAUUACUUAGUAGUAUUUUAUGAUUCUUUCUCAUUAGAUUUAUAAGGAUUUAAACAAUAACAGAAAAAC